AAAUGUUACCAAGUAUUUAUUCUCUAUAAAAAAAAGAUAAAGAAAAGAUGCAUAUAAUUCUAAGAUUUAUUAUUCUGACUAUUAAAUUCAUUGUCGAUUGGAUUGGAGACUUUCUUCUUAACUUUGGUGUUGUUUUAUGGCCCCUCUCCGAAGAUUCUUUAACUUCCGUCAUAUCUAAGGAAGCGAAAAUGGAGUAUGAAAGCCACAAAUAUCUUAGAGAUUCCUUCCAAAUGUUUUCUAAUAAUCUACCACUUAGAACUACUUUUCCCGCUACUGGUAGACUCUUUUCGAGAAUAUGGAUUAAAAGACUUUUAGAAUUGAGAGUCAGAAUCAAUAGAAGCCUAAAAGAAGAUCCCUCAAUCUACGACGUUCCACUCCGAAGACCAGUGUUUAUAAUUACAUUAGCUAGAACCGGUAGUACUUUUAUGCACUGUCUUAUGGCUCAGGAUCAUAGAUGGAGAUGUCCAGAAUUAUGGGAAUUGGAAGAUUGCUCACCGCCACCCGGUGAAAAAGACGAUAAGAAGAGAAUUUCUGAAAGUAAAUUAAAAUGGGAUCUAACUUCGGUAUUCAUGGGUUGGAAUGACGUGAAGAAUACUCAUAAUUUCAACGUUCGUACUCCCGAAGAUUUACUUUUCCUCUAUCAUUGCGAUUUUCGUUUUGUUCAAUCUGCAUUGGUGUUCAGUAGUUUGGAAAAAGACUUUACAAAUUAUAUAAGAAAUCCAAAAUGGAAUGAACAAGUUGAAUUUGACGAAAAUUUAAGAACUAGACUAAAAAUGAUUUGUAAAAAUAGCGAUAUGGAAAAUAGAAGGUUAUUAACCAUGAUCCACGCCAGUUCAGUUAACGUUCCAUCACUUCUAAAGGCUUUUCCCGAUGCUCAAAUUAUAACAAUACACAGGGAUUCUGUUAGUACAAUGAAAUCGGCUUGCGCCCUAAUUCAUUGUAAUAUUAAAGCCUGUCAUAGAGUAUUCGAUUCGGAUAAGAUUGGAGUUGGUAGACGCUUGCUUAAUUACAUGAAAUUAGAUACGCAAAAGCUAAUUAGUAUGAGAAAAGAUGAUAAUUUAAAAGCAGAAGGAUUUCAACGCUUCAUCGAUGUUCAUUUUAAAGAUUUGGUUAAAGAACCAAUAAAAACAAUGGAGAGCGUCUAUAAGCAGUUGGAUAUAAAAUUUGACGAAGAUGUUAAAAGGACCAUGUCGGCUUAUUUGGCGAGACAUAGGAAUUCAACAGCAAAAGCAAAGUAUACAUUGGAAGAAUACGGCCUCAGUGACAAUGUUGUAAAGAAUGCAUUUAAUGACUAUAAUAAUUUCUUCAGUGUAAAAGCAUAAAAUGACAUUUAAAGUAUGAUAAUUUACGAAUGAUUUAAUAAUUGUUAUAUUUAAAAUAUGAGAAAAACAACUUUCUGCAUUCUAAAAGCGAAUUCAAGAUUCAAGAUUAUUGAACAUCAUUUUUUUUCCUCAUCCACUUCUCAUGUCCCUCAUUCCCUUUUCGUGUAUAUUUAUGUGUUUGUCAUCUUAAUCAUUGAUUAAAUGAAUGAAUAAACUCACAAACAAGUGAAUAGUCAGUUAAAAACAAACGCUUUGUUUUUAUUUUCACUCAAAUAGAAUGUAACUAGCACAAAUAUCUUUACAGGUGUUUUACGUUCGUAGAAAGAGACUUACUGACGAUUGAAAUAAUGUUGAGAAUAGUGUUGAAAAAGCAAAUAGAAACAAUUUACUAAUUAAUGACAUUCUCAUUAAAAUUAACUAAACAUGAUUGAAUUUAAUGUAACAUUGCAAGUCAUCAUGGCGAAAUAUGCACAUGUUAUAUAUAUAUACUGUAAUUAUAUAUAGAAAGUAUACUAAAUAUAGAAAACACGCCACUCUCGGGCAAUACACCUUUGAUCGUGGUGAAUUUUUCGAAUUCACUUUUCUUCAAUUUGAAUUUAUUCAUAAAGUAUUUAAAUUAUACUUGAUUGUAAUAUUCAUUGCGAACAAAUUGUAUCUUAUGUUAUAUAACAGUAAAGCUUAUAGUAUAAAUUUUAAUAUAAUUAAUUAUUAUUUUGAAUAUUUUAAUUG